AUGUUCACGCGAGGCACCCGCGUCUUCGAAGACGAGUACGAGGGCCAGAACAACGAGGGUCUUCGCGCGGGCUUACAAGAUGGCGAAGCGGGAGAUCCCUCAAACAACAUGAACACACAGCCCGAGCACAGCACCGAUAAGAGUUCCGAGCGGUGGCUGGAUGAGGCUCCGCCGGGUGAAUAUGAAGCUGAGGGUGACCGGCUGGAGCGUGAGUCUGGUGGCGGUGGAGACGGGGUGAGUUUGCUGACGGGAUUAGGGAGGGGGGAAGAAUAG